UUUCAUUUUUAUGUUGUGUUAGGGGUGUAGAUUUCUUUCAUAAUGUGAUCUGAUCGUGAUAAUAAACCAAUAAUUAGUUGGGGUUUCGGCAUCGUUUCAGAUAAUCAAAAGAGUUUUUGGACAACAAAUCUAACGGACAAAUAAAAAAUUAUUUUUUCCAAGACAAAAUCUUGGUAAAUCACAAGCUUUGAUUAAAAAUUGCAUGCUAAUACAAACAAUAGAUGAUCAUAGAACACGAAAAACAAUAAGCUCAAAACUCACAACCGUAUAGAUUGGAACCGCAUAUGUUUGUGUUUCCAAUUCAAUCACAAAGUAUAAGCUAGUAAUACUUGUCACUGUCCAACCGGACCCAAACUCAAAGCUUCUCUUUUUACGCCAAAUCGGCAGCUUUCUUCUGUUUCUUUUCUGGGUUUGUGACGUUGGCUUGAAUGGCGGUGGAGUACAGAUGUUGCGAGACGGAUUUCUUUAUUCACAUAGUGAUAAUAGUGUCGUUGGUGAUGUUUGCCGGUUUGAUGUCGGGCCUUACUUUGGGCCUUAUGUCGUUAAGUCUCGUUGAUCUUGAGGUUAUUGCCAAGUCUGGCACUCCUAAGGAUCGUAAACAUGCCGCAAAGAUAUUGCCGGUUGUCCAAAAACAGCAUUUGUUGCUUUGUACGCUACUUAUAUGCAAUGCUGCUGCAAUGGAGGCACUUCCUAUUUUCCUUGAUGGUCUGGUGUCAGCUGGGGGUGCUAUCCUGAUUUCGGUGACCUUGAUUCUUCUGUUUGGUGAGAUAAUACCACAAUCUGUUUGUUCUCGAUAUGGUUUGGCAAUUGGUGCAACAGUGGCUCCAAUCGUUCAACUUCUUGUUUGGAUCUGUUUUCCUGUUGCCUACCCGAUAAGCAAGCUGUUAGACUUUCUGCUGGGCCAUGGACAUGUAGCACUUUUUCGAAGGGCUGAGUUGAAAACCUUAGUAAAUUUGCAUGGGAACGAGGCUGGAAAAGGUGGAGAACUGACGCAUGAUGAGACAACAAUUAUCGCUGGAGCGCUUGAGCUCAGCGAGAAAACAGCUAAAGAUGCCAUGACUCCUAUAUCUGACACAUUUGCAAUUGAUAUUAACGCCAAGCUUGACAGGGAGUUGAUGAGUUUAAUUUUGGAGAAAGGACAUAGCAGAGUGCCCGUUUAUUAUGAGCAGCCUACAAACAUAAUUGGACUCAUUCUGGUCAAGAAUAUAUUGACAAUUCACCCUGAAGAUGAAGUACCUGUGAAGAGUGUUACUAUACGAAGGAUUCAAAGGGUUCAAGAAACAUUGCCAUUGUAUGAUAUAUUAAAUGAAUUUCAGAAAGGUCAUAGCCACAUGGCCGUCGUUGUAAGACGGUGCAACAAGACAGAUCAGCCUUCUUCUAGUAACUCUGCUGGGAGUAAGUGUCGGCCUCUUAUCGUCAUAUUCUCUCAGAAUUUCCACUUAAACCUUUACUUAGCUGACCAUAGAAACAUAUUUAAGAUGCAAAUUCUUUGUUUAUGCCUGGCUGCCAUUUUGAGAUUUACUGCUCUUCUUUGUCUCUAUCAGUUUGUUUCUCUCUCCCCUCUCUUAAAAUAGGUCCGUUU